ACAGAAGAGUGAGAAAUUUGGAUGGUUAGAAAUUGGCAAUAAUUGCACAAAAUGUACAGAAAUCAGAGAUAUUUUAAAAAUUCUUUGCCUGAUUUUACAACAGGAGGUCAAAAUGAAAACUGUGAUUUUAUUCAAGAUCUGAUAAAAUCUUAUGUUGAGGAAAUUGAGGAGAGAUUCAAACCCACCCCUAAUAAUGCAAAUGGUGGGCUGUAUCUUGGUGCAUCCGGAGUGGCAUUCAUGUAUCUGAAGAUGGCAUGUAGCGAGAGCUUCCAAGAAAAACGUGAAGAAUUAUUGCAAAAAGCACUGGCAUAUAUCAAGGUUGGUAUUGAAGAUGCUAAGAAGUUAUCUUCAUCAAAAACUAGUCCAGUUGAAGCUUCAUUCCUGUUAGGCCAUGCUGGAGUUUUUGGUGUGGCAAGCGUUAUCUUUAAUGAACUCGGAGAUGCAACAAAUAAAUCAAAAUUUAUACAGAAAUUUCUUCAGCUAAGUCAUAAUCUCCAACUAAAUCAACAAUUAUUGCAACAUGGUGCAAAUGAGCUGUUAAUUGGCCGAGCAGGUUACCUGUGUGUUGUGAGAUGGUUGCAACAAGUGCUUGGAGAAAGUGUUGUUCCCGCUAAUAUGAUAGACGUUUUGUUCAAUGCUAUUGUGACUGAAGGGAGAUCAUAUUCUCGCGAGCACCGAUCACAGGCACCACUGAUGUAUGCGUACUAUAGCACUGAAUCUGUAGGUGCUGCACAUGGAUUGAGUGGAAUCCUGCAAAUGCUUCUCUGUUUUCCUGCUUUUUUCGAUGGCAAAUCUGAUGUUGAAACAGACAUAAAAAACACAGCAGAUUUCAUUCUUCAUUGCAAAAAAGACAAUGGUAACUAUCCAGCCACUGUUGGUAAAGAGGAAGAUGAGGGAGAUGAGUUGGUACAUUGGUGUCAUGGUGCUCCAGGGGUGGUGUAUUUGUUGGUGAAAGUAUACCUACAGUGGAGGGAGGAGAAGUACCUCAAAGCUGCAUUUGAGUGUGGUGAUAUUGUCUGGGAGAAAGGCUUGUUGACAAAAGGACCUGGAAUAUGUCAUGGUGUUGCUGGUAAUAGCUAUGUUUUUCUUCUUCUCUACCGUGUCACCAAUGAUGAGAAAUAUCUCCACAGGGCCAUACAAUUCGCAAAAUUCCUCACCAAUGAAGAAUUCAUCCAAGGAGCAAGAACACCAGAUGCACCAUACAGUCUUUUUGAAGGACUGGCAGGAACUGUGUGUUAUCUUGUAGAUCUUCUAGACCCCAAAAAAGCUUCAUUUCCAUUUUUUAAUGUAUUGUAGUCUUAGUUUUUAUGUCAACUAAGUUUGUCUGUAAUCAUGAUAAAGAUAAUAAUUUUUUAAUGCUCUACGUCAACUCAUGUUUAUUGCGCCACUUCAAUCCUAUUUUCCGCAAAGACUGGUCCAAUAAAAGUCAAGAGAACAACAAUAUUCAAAGGGACGUAAAGUGCACAUUUCCUCAUUCAACCAAACGCAGCCAAAUAUGUCUAAAAGACGUAGAAGAAUGUUAAGUUGUUUACAAAAGGAAUAUUUUCACGGUGGCCUCAGUCUGUC